UCUCUCUCUCUCUCUCUCUCUCUCUCUCUCUCUCUCUCUCCACCUCUUGAAACGUAAACGUAAUGUUUAAAACAAAGGUAGAAUUGUAAAACGAGCUUUGUAGAAUCGAAGACCCAGAUUUUGCAGUGGCUGAAGUGGUGGAUCACUGGAACUGAAGGACAAAAACGAAGGAUACCCAGGGAAAAAAUAGUCGCUUUCACUAUGGAAGAUUCAGGUGAAAUUCAGACUGAAGAGAAUAAAGUUUCUCUAGAUGUCAAUAAGAAAAGAACAGUCAAGACACCAGACCAGGUUAUGGCUCUGGAAAAAUUCUACAAAGAGCUCAGAUUUCCUUCAGAUGAAAUGAAAUCACAAAUAGCACUUCAGGUAGGGUUGACAGAAAAGCAGAUAUCUAGUUGGUUUUGUCACAGAAGGUUAAAAGACAAAAGGAGAGACGAACAUGCUAAUGAGCGAGUGGAUCAUUCCAGUGGUGUUAUUCGGGAUCGUGGUAGUGGACUCAGGCAAGAUUCGUCUGGAAGCAUUAAGGAGCGGGAUUAUAGGAAUAUUGAUCCGAGGGAGGUUGAAAGUGGAAGGAUUUCUAGCCAAGAGUUUCUAGCUGACCGUAGGAGUCAUCAAAAUCCAUAUGAUGCUCAUAUGGAAGAUACAUCUUCUGAAAGUAGCUCACCUUUACAAGAUAUGCGUUUUUCUGAAAGUCGGGAUCCUCAUGACAUGCCAACUUCUGUACAACUUAGACAAAAUGGAGCAACUUUACCAAUAGACGCAAACACAAGGAUGGCUAAAAGCAAGGUUUAUAAGCCAUCAGGAUAUUUGAAGCUUAAGGGUGAAAGUGAAAACCCUUCUAUUACUGCAGUUAAGAGGCAGCUGGGGAGGUUUUAUCUAGAAGAUGGUCCACUACUUGGUAUUGAGUUUGAUCCACCACUUAAUGGCGCCUUUGAAUUCCCAAAUAGCAAGCCUGUCAGUGCAGAACCGGUUGAUGUUGGAGAUCCCCAACAGCCCCAUUCAUCUCAUAUCUCUGGAGUUAUAAAGCAGCCGGAUCUUAACUUUGUAGAUGAAGUACGUAAUUCCAUGUUGAGUUCACAUGAUUCUUACAUGGAGAAUUCAACCUUCAAAACCGCGCAUGGGUUUGAAAGACAAAACAAGAAAUCUCGUCAGCAAUUAAAAUACAAUUCUUUGCUUUCUUCUAACUCAUUCCCGGGCCAGAACUCUUCAUUGGAUAUCCACAAUGGUUCUGCCGAAAAAGAUGGUGUCAUUGAUAGUAAACGAAGUAGGAUGAACACUAAACUUGCAGUCAAAAGGACGAGGCCAUAUUCUUUCUCUAACAAUCCCGACCCCAAUGGUGGAAAAAUUGAUGAUGAACGAGAAAAGCCUUGUUUGCAUGACGAUGAUAAUCAUACAUAUUAUAAGGCCCUGAAGAAAGAAAACCUGUCUAAGCCAUCUGCAAGGAUGGUGAAGGCGGAGAAACUUGGCGGAAAGCAGAAGCCGAAAAAUGAGUACCCUGUACGAGUAAAAACUGAUCCAACAAAUGAAUCAAGAGUUGCCAAGCAAGUCAAUGUCGAAUUUCCGCAGCAAGAUGUCGUUUCAAAUGCAUCACAUGCCAGAUCGCCUCUGUUGACAAAUCUGACUAAAAGAUCUACCAUGGAUGUACCAUCUAGUUUCAGUGAAGACGAAACUGCAGAAACUUGUUCUUCUUCGGGUUGAUGAUGCUUAUAUGGUUGAUGGAUUGUGGAGAAAGGCUGAAGGGGUUGUCUCGACUCAUUGAAAUCGCCGCAGGAAAAAGCGGAACCAGGACGAACAUUGUGCUGAAAAGAUCAUUUUUGUUCAUUGUAUUUUGUCCUUGAAACAGUGCCCAGCUGUUGAAUAUAUGAACAAAUCCCCCCAUCUCCCAUUACAAGAUCUGGAGUUUCUAAAUUAAAAACUUUACCUUUUCUUUUGCAA